CAUUCUUUAGGAGAAGCAAAGGGGAAUUCCUUAUGGUGAAUGUUGCAGUGGUGAGAAGGCUUUUCAUCCGGCUGUUUUCAAAGUCUCCACUGGCUGCGUUAAUUACAGGGCCCGGGGCUGCACUUUGAGCUCACUGCGCUCUUGGAGGCUCUUGAGAAAAAGCCACGCAUCUGAUUCUCACGACACAGAUAAACCACACACACACUUUAUAUAUACACACACACACACACACACAUACACACACACACAGAGCUCCGCACCAGCAGAACCAGUCAGCCAGCAGCUUGAGGACAUUCCUGCCUGCCUUUACGCAACUUCACCCUGUCGACACCGGCGGCACAACAAGCCAGCGGUGAGGUGAGGCUGGCUGAAGGCUGAUCAGCACCACAGAGGACAUGGAGCGUUGUUCCCGGCGCUAGAUACCACGGAGCAGCUGUGGCAGAGCCUCACAAAGUUUGUCGGUAAACAGACCGGAGCGCAGCGCAGACAGAAGUGGUUAGCGGAGGACUCGCAGCCCGUCCGUCAGCGGAGAGGAUGGCAAACUUCCUCUAGACCAGGACACGGGACCGGGACACGCUGUGCGCCAUGGCGGUGGACGCUGCAUCCAGCUUCAGUUUCUGCAGGCCAGCUGUGGAGUACAGGGCUCUGCCUGAGGACUUCAGGCACCAGCUGAGUCGGCGGACAGGUGGGAACCUAACCUGGCACGAUGGGCGUGGACAGAAAACAGCAGGAGGCAGAACAGUGAAGCUGCUGCAGCAGCCAGGCACAGAGGCCCUGCAGUAUCGUUCAAGUGACAACUACGGGAUAUACCACACAAGCCCGACCCAGCCCAGCCUGAUCCGUCCUGUGGUGCUGUGGUCGCAGCAAGAUGUUUGUAAAUGGUUGAAGAAACACUGUCCACACAACUACCUAACCUACGUAGAGGCUUUCUCACACCACGCCAUCACAGGUCGUGCACUGCUGCGUCUGAACGGGGAGAAGCUGGAGAGGAUGGGUUUGGUGCAAGAGACACUUCGGCAGGAGCUGCUGCAACAGGUGCUGCAGCUUCAGGUGCAGGAGGAGGGACGCAACCUGCAGCUGCUCAGCCGAGGUUCAUUUGGCAACAUAUCAUAGCCACUUGAUGUCCUGGUGGGAGCGGUGGAUGCCAUGGAAUCAUUGGAUAUUUUCUUUGAAUCUGGAUGAGCAAAAAAACUGAAAUGUGAAUCACUUCUUUGGGACCUACAGGGUCAAAGACAUUUUUACUAUGACUAAUAUCUGGAAAAACAUUGGAGAGCGGAAGCUGGCAGCUGUUCAUUCCAGCAUAACAAACAAAUCUUUAUGGACUGACUUUAUAGCCCAUGAACUGUGAUGGAAAUGCAUUAUGAUAAUCUGUUUGUUCGAUUUAUUGAUCUAAUCUGUUAUGUACUAUCAUAAAGUAUCUCUGUUU